UACACUCUUUUCUUUACGUUUUUCUAUACUUUUUUUUUUUUUUGCGCUUCGUCCGGACUGGAACUUUUUUUUUCAAAAAGCACCGAACACUCUAUAUAAAAAAUAAAAAUUUGACUUUUAAAAAUUACAUAAUGGAUACAGGCAGUUCAACACCUGGCGAUGGUUAUGUUCCUUCUCCCACCUCGUCAGCCCCUAAUCAACAAGAAGAUUGUAGUAUUCUGUCACCCACUUUGGCUGAUAUUUUGAGUGACGAUCGUAUUCUACGAUUCUACCAAUGUGUUAAAGACAUCAAGACACAAGGAUCUCCCAAGCAAACCUCUGCCAUGUUCUUUGCUCUGUGUCAUGCCUUGGGUGACACCGUGUCGUUUUUAAAAGUGCCCAACAUGUCCAAAAUUAUGUUCCGUCAAGAACAGCAGAUUUUCGCUGUAAACGUAUCAGGAACCCAACAUGAUACCGUACAACUGUUCCAACAGCCUACUAAUGAAAUGCCAAUGGAUCCUAUCAAAAUGACCGGCUCUAAUACCGCUGGUUUGAUGCACGAUGUGGAUUCCACCCAUACCUCUAACCUCUUUUCCGCUGCUGCUGCCGACGGUUCUCCUCAACAUUUAUUACAAGCCGCCCUAUCCUCUGUAGCACACGCUAUGCCUGAUCAGCAACAACAACAACAGCAACAACAAAUUGCGCCUCCUCCUACACUUCCUGUUGCUGCUAAUAAGAGAAAGACGCUCAAGAAUGAAGACGGUACUGUUGUAAAGCGAGCUAAGAAGGCCUCUCCCAGAGAUAAAGAGUAUGCAGUCAGACGUAACGAGGUGAUCCAAGACUUAUUAAAAGUAUCUGAAGCCGACUUAUUACAUCAAGCAAAUAUUGUAGAUAGUGAAGUCAAGUUAAUUAUUCAAGGACACGAAAGAUCAACCAAGUUUGGUGUACUUGCACCCAUUCAUCGUUUCGCUGCUUUUGCUAAUUUACCUGCUCAUUAUGAUUGUGAUUUUGCGCCCAAGAAUGCAGGUGUUUACUACAAUUACGAAUACUUUCAGUUGUACUUGGCAUACCGUGAUUUAGAAGUCGAACGUCAACAACAGCAACAAAUGGAUGGAAGUGAUUCCAGACCCAUCUUAGUGCAAUGUCGUGCUGAUAUUGAAAAGGUACUUGUGAGUACGAAUUGGGAAGCCAUUCGACGUCGGUUGACGAUUGGCGAGCGUAUUUGUCAAGUAUGUGGUGUAGUUGGACGUGGCUUUUUAUUAUUGAGUAAACAAGUGUCUGGUCGCAAGUUGUUACAUAAUUUCAAUACGGGUGAGUGGGGAGAAUUCAUGCGUGAAUUUCAAAGGAUCGAAAAUCAACCUUUGCUUCAGACAUUACAAACCAAGUAUUCUCCUGAACGUUUCUAUGGUCCUCGUCAAGAGAUGAUGAUUGCUCAACCCGAUACCAUGGAUAACAAUUCUAACCCUAAUUCCACCCCUGGUACACCAACUACAACCCAAUGCCCUGUUGCUGCUGCUGUAGCCAUUGUUGUAGGAAACUCAGAAGCUCAUACUCCAACUGACAAUAUGAGCCUCAAACAGGACUAACUUUAUUUUCCUCUUCUCUUUCAUCAUACGCGCAUCAUUUCGUAAUUAUGUCUUUACAUUAUUUACCCCACACACUCACUCAUGGAAACAAUAAAAAGAAAAAAAAAUUGUUUAUUUUAAAUAGUAG